AUGGCCUACAACGACGACGCCGUCUUGGCCCGUCUUUCAGCCCUCAAUGAUAGCCAUGAUAGCAUCGCCACGGCUGCCCAAUGGAUCAUGUUUCACAGGAGACAUGCCGACAGGACAGUCCAGUUGUGGAUGCAGCGGCUGAAAGACUCGUCCGCUUCACGUCGGCUAAGUCUAGUCUACUUGGUAAAUGAGGUGGCCCAGCAAUCCAGAAUUCGGCACAAGGAGGACUUUAUUAUUGCCUUCUCCCCAGUCGUGGCUGAGGCGACGUCCAUUGCGUACAAGGGAGCAGCCGCUGAAAUCCAGGGUAAACUAAGGCGGGUUGUUGAAGUUUGGAAGGAUCGGUCCAUCUUUGAACCCCCGAUCCAAGCAGCCAUUGAAUCUCGUCUUGACGAGCUCGACAAGGCCAGAGGCGCCUCCAAGCCCGGGUUCACCGGGUCUCCCUUUGGAAGUGCCCCCAGUAUUCCCUCCGAGUUUGCACCGCUCGUGACGGCCCACCAGUCGGUGCAGAAGCUUAGCAUCCCUCUCAAGGCCACCGUCUCCUCGGCGGACCAGGAAUAUGAGAAGCAGACGGACCCCUCCACGCUAGCGCCGUCUGCCCCGGUCUAUGCGGCCCGUCUGAAUGGCCUCCUCAACACGCUGGCCCACGCCGAGAGCGCGGUGGCGGACUGCGUCAAGGCCCGCGAGGGACUAGUCUCAGGGCUGGAGAAGCUCCUGGAGUCUAACCGUGCCGCCCUAGACAAGGAUAGGGAGGACGCGGCGCGGUUCGCCGCCCGCAAGCAGGAGAUCGAGGAAAAGAAGCAGCGGGUGGAGAUGGCCAUCAUGCAGGCCCUUGGGUCGUCGGAUAACAACAAUGGCGGCCCAGCUGAGGGUGAUUCUACUUCAGCGGCGGUUAACCCGGAUGCUGCUGAGCCUGACCGGCCUGAGAUGGAGGCUCUGACGCCGCCGUCCAUGAAUGGGGAGCCGGUCGAACUGCCUGCGAGUAACGAUGAGUUUCAACAGCCCGAGGCCGAGACUGAAGAGCCGACGUACCAGACUUUGACGGUGACUUCCAACGGCUCCAAUAAGAGACGACGUGUCGAUGGCGGAGAUGACUUCCCUGACCUUGGCGGCGACGAUCUCGAUGCCGACGUCGACGCUCUAAUCAAGGAUUCUUCCAAGUCUUGA